UAUCCAGACUGGAGAAGUAGUCUUGCGUUGAGUGUCUAAAGAUUGUCACCGACACGUUGACAAUAAACAAAUGGUUCAACGCAUACGUGUUAGACUUGUCCACGCUGGAUACCAGAAACUCGUUCAUAUUACACGCACACAGUCCAAUAAACAAUCACGUUACGUUACAUUCAAUUGGAAGUAUUGGUAAUUGCACCUUUAAAGAGGAUUUUGUGGAAGCAUCGGACACUACAGUAUUAAGAUGCUUUGUAGACAAGUGUUGAUCAAUAUUGUAACUAAGGAAGCUAUUUUUGCGAAUGUGAUAGAGGGGACCUGGAAUGUCGAAUAUUUAACACAAAGGUGUUACUCUAUAGUCUGACAGAGGUACCAAUUACCAUUCAUCAUAUGCGUCUUACACUGUUUACUCGAGACUAUCUUUUUCAAUAUAAUCAUGUCCUCGCCGUGUUGAUGUUGUUGAUUUUGUUUUUCAGACAAAUUCAUUAUAAGCCUUUCGUGUUUUGCACGUUGGAUUAUCGUUGACUGGUACGUGACCGGAAAAAAUGUUAUUUCGCAGAUAAAUGAAUUACGGCACAGAAUGAUUAGUAAAACCUUAUUCGAGCUGUGACGUUUGCGGCUUAGCGGAUAUGAAUUACGAUAGGAGUACUUGUCUGGUCCAAUGCAUUCCGUUUUGUAGUUGGCAAUAUCUGUAUAUAGGCCGAAGGUAAUUUUAUUAAUGUAUAAGGCCUAUUUGAUGCAAGGCCAAUUCACUUCGAAGCAUUAACAUGAAUGUGACAAACCCAAAUACGCUGAUACUCACUGACCCGGCACUCGCAUCACCAGCACCCUCAGGAUCACUGCAGAACAUAGUAAUCGGAGUGCUGUGCGUUAUCGCUAUUCUUAUCGUCAUAUCUGGAAACUUCCUCGUCGUCGCAUCCGUCGUAUCGUUCCGUCGAUUGCGCACGCCAUCGAACUUGCUGUUGGUGAACCUGGCAGUAGCGGACAUUACUGUGGCCGUGUUUGUUAUGACGUUUUCCACCGCCCGUAUUCUGUAUAAUAAUGACUGGAUAUUCGGAAACUUUGUCUGUCUAAUGUGGAUGUCCUUUGAUGUUCUAUGUUGCACGGCGUCUAUUUUGAAUAUGUGUAUGAUAUCCAUGGAUAAGUAUCUAGCUAUUACACGGCCCUUGAGGUACAUGAGGAUCAUGACAAAGCGACGUGUGGCCGUGAUGAUUGCAGUUGUGUGGUUGUUGUCCGGACUAGUGUCGUUCGUACCAAUAUUUAGUGGACUCUACGGCGGAAAUCCGGACGGACGCGAUUCGAACAAGUGCAGCGUGAAUUUCGCCGUUACACCAACAUUCGCAAUAAUAUCUUCCAUGACGUCAUUUUAUGUACCGCUCGCAAUUAUGGUCUUCACGUAUUGUAAAAUAUACAGAAUAGCGCGUGAUCAGGCGUCGCGUAUUUUACGCGAAAGUGGCAACUAUGGAAAAAUUGGUAACGGGACAUCAAAGAGGGGCUUCAGAACAUUUUCCAGCGAAUUCAAAGCCGUUCGUACGCUGGGUGUCAUUAUGGGUGGGUUUAUAUUCUGCUGGCUUCCAUUUUUCUUAAUGUACAUAAUUAUCAACUUUUGUGGCUGCCAACAUAAAGUUCCGAACGCAGUAGAUGGCGGGGUCACGUGGUUAGGUUAUAUUAAUAGUAUGAUGAAUCCAUUUAUCUAUAAUUUCCGACAUAAAGAAUUCAAAAUGGCAUUUCGAAGAAUUGUCGUAUGCGCAAGAUGUCGCAAAGUUGACAGGCGACUGUACAGCGUGCAAUCGCGCCAAAAUUCUUCUGCAGAUACGUAUAGGAAAUGUUUACAAACUGAAAUCGGAGAUGAAAUUCAAAACGGAACAGUGAACAAGUCUGAUCAGAACAGCAAUCAUAAGUCUAUGAAACUUUCUCCAAUUAUCGAGCAAUGCAACACUGAACCAGAGAAACAUUUUGAUAGUUUAUCUGAAGAGUCUGAAAGCGUAUGAUAAUGUUUGGCAUUUUGUGUGAACACCAAUUAUUUAAUCAUGAAGGUACAUUUGUAUAUCAUAGUAUCCGCAGGCUUUAUUUAAAAGUAAAAUGGUCCUAUCCGAUAUAUAUUAUUUUAUUUUAAUAUUUUAAUGAUAUAACUUUACUUUUCUAACUUACAAUUAUUUUCUACAAUUUGUAAAUUUAUUAAUGAAUCGAUUAAAUGUUUCAGGAAA